AUGGCAAAUAAUCUGUUGCUAUAUUUACAAGAAAAUGAUAUUCCUAUCAACUGUUCAAUAUAUUCAUUACCAUAUGGUUUCAUAUCAUUCAUGGAUUCAGACAAUAAUAACACAUGGUCUAAUCUAACUACUGGUUUCUUGCCCGCCUACUAUAUAACUAACUGUUCCAUACCGUUGUUGGUCGAUCUUGUUACUAAUCUGAAUAUUACUUAUACUAAUUCUACCAGCUUAGAUAAUUCAUCUCCUUAUAAUCAAAAGGAUAAUGGUGAUACGUUUGUAGCAUUGUUAUUUACCUUGAGUGGAUCUUGUGUAUCAUCAUGGAUGUUAACUUUAUUAUUUUAUUUAUCUCCUAAACAUAAACGAAAACCAAUCUUGACUCAAUUAGCCACUCUUUUUUAUUCCAUUGUUACUACCAUAUUAUUAAGUAAAGUAACUGGAGUGGCAUCUGAUGAAUAUUAUAGUGAUACUUUGGAUGUUAUUCGACUUCAUGAUAUCAUCUAUUUGGAUGAUGUUUAUAGAGGAACUAUGAUUGUAUCUCAAGUAUUGAUCUUAUUAGGUUGGUUUCAAAUCGUAUUAAAGAUAUCUCGACAAAAAUAUCAAUGGAGAAUCGGUAUAGUGGGAGUUGGUUUAAUUAUUGCUUAUACAGUGGUUAAUAUCGUAUAUGAAACCAAAUAUUAUGUAUUUGAUUCCGUAUUUGAAAAUUCAUCUAUAAACUUUGAAGCUUGGACGGUUGCAAAAGUGGUCCUUAAACUUUUACUUAUUGCUUGGUUUUCAGCAACUUUAUUAUAUUAUACUAUCUAUAUUAAAAAUCCUCGGAAUAUUUGUUAUUCAAAACGGUUAAUGCCAAUAGCAAUCUUUAAUUGGUGUAUUAUUAUCCUUCAUGUUAUAUUAAGUAUAUUAGGUUUAACUUUAUUUAAAGGAAAAUGGUUAGUAAAGACUUGGUUAACAUUUUUACCUUUUCUUUUAGAAAUCAUUCUUUUAUCAACCAUUUGGGAAUGGGUAUAUAAUAUUCGAUUAUUAGAAAAGAGAAUGGAAUUAAUGGGUGUAUUAGGAAGAAGAAUUAGUUUUGAUGAUGUAUUAAGUUUACAUCUGGAUAAACAACAUGGUCCUAAAGUUUUAUCAAAUUCAGGUGGAUUUAGUUUUUUUAAUAAUUUAUUCCGAAGGAAUCAAAAAAUCGUUACUCAAGAUGAUACUGAUAAUUCCGUAGAACUUAAAGAAAUACCAACUACUUCAAAUGAAUCAUCUAGAAAUGAUAGUAAUAAUAACAAUAAUACUGAAACAACCUUAACUGUAAAUAUAGCAGAUUCAAAUAUUCAUUCAAAUACCCCUCAAGGACUAACUGUGAAUAACAAUAAUAAUAAUAAUAAUAAUGACAUUCAUCCUACAUCUAGUGCAGGUAGCUAUGAUGAUGAAUAUAUAGAUAAUUACAAUAUUUGGGAUGAUGACGAAGAAGAUGAAAAUGAGACAGGAGCUCAACAUCAUCAUGAUAAUGAUGCUUCACACCAACCAGUUGAAGGCUCAUCAUCAAAUGCACCUCCUCCACCUUUCGAAGUACAUCCUGGUUUCAAUUCGGGCGAUUAUUGGAAUGAUCGUAAAAAUUAA